CCAACACACCCGCAUAAACUUGCCGCUAUAUCCAAGCCAUCUAAAGACCGAUCCGCGUCCAGUCUAGUAAACACCACCGAGCGCCUUUAUUUUGUUGAGCACAAAUUUGGAGCUUAUUUCGGCAUCAUUUCGGCAUCAAGGCCCCCCACGCGGCGUGCAAAACUCCCCUCCGGCAGAUAUCAAUUUACCUGACCAUCUCUCCAUUUCUCACGCCUAAAAGCACCCCUCCAUUGCUUCCAACUAUAGAACAUUUGCUGUAACACAACAUUUAUUUACCCCUCCAUCAUGUUCCAACCCCUCUACCAUCAACCCCUAACCACACGCCACAAUGCCCACUUGGCUCAUCACCGGCGCCAACCGCGGCCUCGGCCUCGAUCGAAUUCGUCACCCAGCUCUCCCGAGACGCCUCACACCAUAAUCGCAACCUCGCGCUCCCUCUCCCCCUCCACCCUCGCCGAUCUCAAAGCGCCGGAUGGCAAUGCUGCCACUCUCCACAUCUUGGAAUGCGAUACCAGUCCCCCCCCUCCAUCACAGCACUGGGGGAAGCCGUGUCGAGCUUACUAGAUGAGGAGGGCAAGAUCGAUUUUCUUGCUUAAUAAUGCGGGCGUCAACGUCGAGUCGCAGCAGACUGGCCUCACCGUCACGGCAGAGGCGAUUUUAGUGAAUAUGCAAACUGAUGUUAUUGGCCCCGCGAUGAUCGUGCAGGUUUUGGAGAAGCAUUUAAAGAGGGGUCGGUGGUGAUGAAUAUGACCUCGGGAUUGGGGAGUAUGGCGGAUGCGAAGGGGGUGGAGAUGGCGAAGUGCACGCCGUAUUCGAUUUCGAAGGCGGGGGUGAAUAUGUUGACCUUGCAUCAAGCGAGUGCGUUGGGGGGGAGAGGGGUGGUGGUUGUUUGUGUUGAUCCCGGGUGGGUGAAAACGGCUUGUAUGAAAACCCCCCCUCCCCCUUUGAGAGUUUUGAUAAUGAGACCAGUGCUAACGGUGCGUGUAGUGGGCGGUGAGGGAGCGGUUCUGGAGAAGGAGGAUAGUAUCCGGGGGAUGUUGGGGGUAUUGAGGGGGUUGAAAGCGGAGGAUUCGGGGAAGUUCUUUGCGUACGAUGGGGGAGAAGGCUUGGUAGAGGGGGAAGCAUUGGUAGAGGGAGAAGCAUUGGUAGAGGGGGAAGCAUUGGUAGAGGGGGAAGCAUUGUAG